UGAAUGGAUUACACAGGGGCAGGUCUCAACUCAAUUGCAUGUUUAAGGAUCGUAAGUCUUUGUGCUGCAGUUCCUGAUAGUUGAAUGUAGCUUGACUGGAGCACUUGAGCAUUUUACAUGCGGGACUUCGGUUGUAUUGUGUGCUGCUUGCAAAUACAAAAGGUUAUUUGGUGAACAGUUGUAUUUGAAUGUUGUUGUAUUCUCAGGGAGGUUUUUAUCAAGGUUUUAUACUUAAAUACUUUUGGAGUAAUGGCUUCUUAAAUAAAAUCUUCAAAUUUUAAACAACAAACUUAACUAGUAAAAGACUACAAGACAGGAGAAAAUAGCUGUUUAGAGACAUAAUUUAGACUAAAACUAAAUGUUUUUAAUACAGUAUGAUUUUUGUUUUCCUGGUUAACGAUUUCUUUUUGCUUUUGGAUAGUUUACUAAGAAUAAGUUGCAUGAAGAAAGAAUACCUUCUUCAUUAGUUCGUUCAGGGGAAGAAUUCAUGAGUUGGAGAGGGAGGAGAAUCCCUGAGUUAACACCUUUUAUAAGAUCCAGAGAGCAGGAAAAAAAAUGUUUCAAGGAAUCUAGACACCAACCACCUAACCAUUGGAGCUAAUUGAGUUACGUGUCUAACUUUUUUAGGAACUUUUUAGGAGGCUCUGAUCUUCUUGAUAGUAGGCUAUACUAAAGACUAAUGCCUUCAAAAUAAGAAGGAUAAAGCAGACUUGAUGAGGUAGAAAAACUCUGUUGAUCAUACCAGAUAUUGUAAACUUAACCGCUAGGGUUUUUUCCAGGUAUUCAGGGACCAGCCCUGAUUUCUAGAGCUUGUAGGUAGCAAAGAAAUGGCCAAGGAGUACUACUACUGUAAACAAAAUGAGGAAAGAGGUGAUUGCUUUUAAAAAUUGCAUUGUCAUUUAUGUUGAUAUGAAAGAAUAAAAACAUGUGCCUGUACCAGGGGAAAAAUGUUAGCGAAUCCUGAAAAACAAGACCUGCUACUCUGAAGGAAGUUCUAAGCUGUGUUUAACCAGCUAAAAUUAUACUUCAGGUUUGCUGUUACCAGAUGAUACGGUUUCCUCUCUGUUAGUCAUCUAGUGCAAUAAAAUGCAUUUUUGUAAUAUAGAGGUCUCUAAAAUCUCAUUGUUCAUGGCAGUUUAUUUGAUAGCUUCGUAGUUGUCACCUCAAGCUGACUUACCUUAAUCUUUUGCAUGGUUCGUAGUGUGAAUUUCAAGAUUCUAAUUUCAAGACAAAUUAUAUAGUCAAAAUUGGUAGAUUGCUUCUUAUGUGUUUUAGUUCUUCUAAGUUCUAUGUUGUUUAAUCGUAUUUAUAUUUUGAUUUUGUGAACUGUCAGUAUUCUUUUUGUUUUAGCUCUCAUCAAUAAACAGGUUAUUAAUGCAUGCCCCUAAUUCCUUCCUUUAGUGAAAUCUGUAUGUCAAGUCCCAGUGGAAUUUUGAUGUCGUAAGGUUCCACUGCCUUGGCAGGGCCAUGAGGAUGCCAGCCCCCAUCAGACUGCGGGAGCUGAUCCGGACCAUCCGGACAGCAAGAACCCAGGCAGAAGAGCGUGAGAUGAUUCAAAAGGAGUGUGCUGCUAUCCGAUCAUCCUUCCGAGAGGAAGAUAACACAUACCGAUGCAGAAAUGUGGCAAAGCUGCUGUAUAUGCACAUGCUGGGAUACCCUGCACAUUUCGGACAGUUGGAGUGCCUCAAGCUCAUUGCCUCUCAGAAAUUCACAGACAAGCGCAUUGGGUAUUUAGGUGCCAUGUUGCUGCUGGAUGAGAGACAGGAUGUCCAUCUUCUUAUGACCAAUUGCAUCAAGAAUGACCUUAAUCAUAGCACGCAGUAUGUGCAGGGGCUGGCACUCUGCACCCUUGGCUGCAUGGGCUCCUCGGAAAUGUGCAGAGACCUUGCGGGAGAGGUGGAAAAGCUCCUCAAAACUUCCAACUCCUAUCUUAGGAAGAAGGCAGCAUUGUGUGCUGUUCAUGUUAUCAGAAAGGUGCCUGAACUUAUGGAGAUGUUCCUGCCAGCCACCAAAAACUUGCUGAAUGAGAAGAACCAUGGUGUUUUACACACAUCAGUAGUCCUCCUCACGGAGAUGUGUGAGAGAAGUCCAGACAUGCUUGCACACUUUAGAAAGAAUGAAAAGCUUGUUCCCCAAUUAGUUCGUAUUCUGAAGAACCUUAUCAUGUCUGGCUAUUCACCAGAGCAUGAUGUGUCUGGGAUCAGUGACCCCUUUUUGCAGGUGCGAAUCCUGCGGUUACUACGGAUUCUAGGGCGAAACGAUGAUGAUUCUAGUGAAGCCAUGAAUGAUAUACUUGCACAGGUUGCUACUAAUACGGAAACAAGUAAAAAUGUGGGAAAUGCCAUUCUCUAUGAAACUGUACUGACUAUUAUGGACAUAAAAUCUGAGAGUGGACUGAGAGUGUUAGCCAUUAACAUACUAGGCCGUUUCUUAUUAAACAACGACAAAAAUAUUAGAUAUGUAGCUUUGACAUCAUUGUUGAAAACUGUGCAGACAGACCAUAAUGCAGUACAGCGACAUAGAAGCACAAUUGUGGACUGCCUGAAGGAUCUGGAUGUCUCAAUUAAAAGGCGUGCAAUGGAACUGAGUUUUGCUCUUGUUAAUGGGAACAAUGUUCGCGGAAUGAUGAAGGAGUUGCUGUAUUUCCUAGAUUCCUGUGAGCCAGAGUUCAAGGCAGACUGUGCAUCUGGAAUAUUUCUUGCGGCAGAAAAAUAUGCUCCUUCCAAACGCUGGCAUAUAGACACAAUCAUGAGAGUCUUAACAACGGCAGGAAGUUAUGUUCGUGAUGAUGCUGUUCCCAACCUGAUUCAGCUAAUAACUAAUAGUGUGGAGAUGCAUGCCUACACUGUGCAGAGACUCUACAAAGCCAUCCUUGGUGAUUACUCCCAGCCACUGGUGCAAGUGGCCUCCUGGUGCAUAGGAGAGUAUGGAGAUCUUCUGGUGUCUGGUCAGUGUGAAGAAGAGGAGCCAAUACAGGUAACAGAAGAUGAAGUUCUUGAUAUUUUAGAAAGCAUUCUGAUAUCUAAUAUGUCUGCAUCUGUUACACGAGGCUAUGCUCUCACUGCCAUCAUGAAGCUUUCCACAAGAUUCACCUGCACUGUCAAUCGCAUUAAGAAGGUAGUUUCCAUUUAUGGCAGCAGCAUUGAUGUGGAGCUACAGCAGCGGGCAGUGGAAUAUAAUGCACUUUUCAAAAAAUAUGAUCACAUGAGGCCAGCCCUGCUUGAGAGAAUGCCAGUAAUGGAGAAAGUCACCACAAAUGGCCCUACUGAGAUUGUACAGACCAAUGGAGAGACAGAGCCAGCGGUACUGGAAACCAAACCUCCACCUUCUGGAUUGCAGCCUGGUAGCCAGGCAAAUGAUUUGUUGGACUUGUUGGGGGGAAGUGAUAUAACACCUGUAAUCCCCACUGUACCUACAAGCAAGCCAGCCUCUGCUGGUGGGGAGCUCCUUGACCUACUGGGAGACCUCAACCUAACAGGUUCUCCGGUACCUGCCCCUGCACCCCAGAUAUCACAGCCUCCAUUCCUGCUUGAUGGACUGCCAUCACAGCCUCUCUUCAAUGAUAUUGCUGCAGGAAUCCCGUCAAUUACUGCAUACAACAAGAAUGGCCUGAAGAUUGACUUCACCUUUGAGAGGUCAAACACCAACCCCAGUGUCACUGUAAUCACGAUACAGGCCUCCAACAGCACAGAACUGGAUAUGACAGAUUUUGUUUUCCAAGCUGCAGUACCAAAGACAUUCCAGCUGCAGCUCCUGUCUCCCAGCAGCAGUGUCAUCCCUGCAUUUAACUCGGGGACCAUCACACAGGUCAUUAAAGUCCUGAAUCCACAAAAGCAACAACUACGUAUGCGGAUCAAGUUGACAUAUAAUCACAAGGGCUCAGCAAUGCAGGAUCUAGCAGAAGUCAACAACUUCCCCCCUCAGUCUUGGCAGUGAGCCUCUGGCACCAUUCUUAUUCUCUCCCCACCCAAUCAAAAGAACUCUGGGAAGAAGGUUGUGAUCCUUGGCAAUCCCCCAAACUGCACCAUGGGCAUGGGGAACAGAUGAGACCUGCUGAUGAGGAGGAAUUUUCCUGAAGUGAUUGCUGACUUUGAAGCAUAUCUGUUGAGACUAAUCUCCUCUCCUCCGCUGAUGAGGCUGGUGGCUUGUGGAGGCUACUCUGCACUCCCUCACACAUGCAUUCACAGCCAGAAGCAACAUUCCCUCCUUCCCUUCCCUGUCCCUCCCCCCUCACCCCAGAAACACAGCCUGGUUGGAAGAGAAGUCUGGAAUUUCUUGCAGGGAAGCUCUGUCUCUGCAGCAAGUGAACAGCUGCCCCUUCUUUCUGCUGUCUUUUUUUCCCCUGGGGAGGGUAAGGUGUGUUUUUGUUCAUUACUAGCUGGAUUAUCUUCAGGCACUUUCAUCUGGGGCUCAGAAUGGAGACCUGGAGAAUGUUAGGGUAACCUGCCUUGUUCUUCUUGUAUCCCCUGUGUCUGAAGGGGCUGGAGGCUUUUUAUGGCCUAUUCAGUGCAUUACUUUUACACACACCUCUCAGUUAUGUGAUACAUACUAAGAGCAAGUCAGGCCUUGGACUUCAUCUGCAAACCUGGGACAGUGCAGGAAAAGAGGUGCCACUGAAAGCUGAUAAAAUUGCUUUGGUGCUGUACUUGGAAAUGAAGACCUUACACUUGAAUUUUCUUUCUUUCCAUCAGUGGCUGCAACCAUGCAGAUUCACAGUCUUCUGUAGCUUCCCCAGAAAGUGUGGUGAUGUCAGAGAGAUGCAGAGAUCCAAGGAACAGCUGGUUUUCUACCAUGGUUAAUUUCAAAGCUUUUUGACCCAUUAGUUGUGGUUUAUGGGUAGAAAAGAUGUAUUCAAUUUUGUGGAUCAGUCUUUGAGCAAAGGUCCUAUUGCCUGCUGGGAGACUCAUCAGAGACUAUGCUGCAGAGUUGUUCUUCCCAGUUAUUCCAGACCUUCUCCCCAGAUUAAUUUCCAGAGCCUGUUGUAGACCCCCUGGAUUCCAUUUGAUUUACUUCUGACUGGGAUAUUUGUGUUGUAUCUGUAACAUUGGCACUGAAAUAAAGACCAUGCGGUUUAAA